AUGAUUGGUAUAAAGUUGCUAAUAGCACUUUUGGCUAUAGCAUUUGCUGAUCAGAGAUCUGACGACGAAAUCAAAGAGCUACCUGGAGUUGAUUUUGAAAUUAACUUCAAACACUUUAGUGGAUUUUUGCAAGCUUCGGAAACGCACUUUUUACAUUAUUGGUACGGUUUUAUGCCUAAAUUGCAUAUUUGAAAACAUUUCUUAGAGAAGUUACAUGUUUACUUCUCAAAUUAGCUGAAAUAAAAUGGAGCUUAAAGAUUAUUUUUUUAAAAAUUAGCCCGUUUUUUAAAUAACAAUAAAAAGGUGUUUUAAAAUAUUUUUAAGUUCUUAAACAUUUUUUAGUUACAAAAAGAAGUAAAGUUAACUGUAUUUAGGUUUGUUGAAUCCCAAGGCAACUCGGCUAAAGACCCAUUAAUUUUUUGGUUUAAUGGUGGUCCAGGAUGUUCAUCUUUAGAUGGUCUGUUAAAUGAAAUGGGUCCAUACGAAGCUCAUGAAGAUGGCGCCAACUUGAGACACAAUCCUUACUCAUGGAAUAAAGUAAAAAUUAAAAUUUUAUAUUUGUUUUGCUUUUCUCGUUUAACUUCUGCUGUUGCGCUUUCGAUGUUUAUUAUUUUUAAAUUUAUGAAUUGUGUUUAAAUUUUCAAAGUCUUAUCAAAUUUGAUAAAAAUUGUACAUUACAGUUUGCUUCUGUAGUCUACAUUGAAGCUCCAGCUGGAGUUGGAUUUUCAUAUUCAACAGACGGUAACACAACCACAAAUGAUGACCAAACCUCAUUGGAGAACUACAAUGCCAUCAAAAAGUUCUUCGAAAUUCACGCUGAUUUUAGACAUCAUCAAACCUUUAUUAUGGGCGAGAGCUACGGUGGUGUUUACGUUCCAACGCUUACUGCUCGUAUUGUCGAGGGCCAAAACGAUUUUCCAAUUAACUUGAAGGUUAGUUUUUGCGUCAAUUUUAUAUGUUUUUAUUAAAUCAAUUGUUGAAAUAGAUAAAAAGUAUUUAAUUUACAUACUUUUAUUACUGCCUAUUUUACCAAACGUAUUCAAGGGCAUGGCAAUUGGUAACGGUUACGUUAACGAGAAGUUGAACGUGGACACAUCAAUUCGUUUUGCUUAUGGACAUGGUAUUAUUGACGAAAAAACAUGGAACACACUUGAGCUGCAAUGUUGUCGCGGCUGUAUUGACGGCUGUGAUUUGACUAAAAUGGAUGGUCACUGUGCAACUCAAGUUGAAGAAAUUUUCGAAUUUUUGUGGUUUGGAGGACUGAAUCCAUAUGAUUUGUAUAGAAAAUGUGAUCCAAAUCCAGGAAUUAACAGUUUGAAGAUGGAUUCCUUAAGAUUAGGCAUGGCUCCAGAAUUUAUUCACAAAAGAAGAAAGUCUAACAUGUUAAAACUGAGAAAAAACAUGGAUAAGGUAACGUUUUUUUAAUACUUACGGAAAGUACCCAACCUGCAACUCUCAGAAUUAGCUCAUUCUUUGUAGUACUAGUAGCACAUUUAAAAAACCUUAACUUGCGGUUUGAAGUUUUAGAAUUAAUAUAUUUAAACUUUCCGUUGAUUUAGCAAAUUUGGCAUUGUGUUGCAAACACUUUUUUGAUAUUCCGGAUAAGAUAAGCUUACAAAUUUAAAAUUGCAGGUUCAUUUAAAGCUUUUCUACCAUUAUAUUUUAAAAAACAGUUAAAAGUCAAAAAAUGAGAAAGUUAUAAGCUUGAAACACUAUGCCAAUUUGGCGGGAAAUUCAAAACGCAAUUUUUUAUCAAGUCGGACCGGAAACGGCAACUUAGAAUUUUGCAUAAGAUCUACAUGAUCUUUCAAUACAAAAAAUUUGAACGAAAUCUGAGCGUUGCAGGUCGGGUACCUUGCUUGUUAAUUUAAAAAGCAUGGAUUUGUUGCUUACAAGGAAAGUGCCCGAUCUGCCCCGCUCUGAUUCAAACUUUUUAUAAAGAAAGAUUAUGUAAAUAUAAGAUGUUCAGCAAAGCACUAAAUCGCGCUUUCCAGGAAAUCUCGAGAAAAUCGAGAUUAAAAAAUGACAUUUUGAAUUUUCCGCCAACUUGGCAUUGUGUUUCUAGCUUGUAACUUUGUCAUUUUUUGACUUUUAAUAGUUUUUCUUUGAUAUACUGGUAGAAAACCUUUAAAUGAACCUACAUUUUUAAAUUUGUAAGCGUAUCUUGUCUGGAAAGCCAAAAAACGUGCUUGAAACAGAAUGCCAAAUUUGUGAAAUUGGCGGGAAACCCAAAUAAUUUAAAUUUAAAGCUCAAAAGCGCGAGCUAAAAUUUUUUAUGGGUACUAUUGGUUGUACAAAGAAUUCAUAUAAAAAAUUUGAGCUGAUUCUGAGCGGGGCAGGUAGGGUACUUUCCUUAUUAACAUAAUUUUAUCGAUCAGUUUCUUAAAAAACGGAAAAUUUAUAAAAUAAUUUUAAUUGUAAAUUCCUUUAUAGAUAUACUUUUCCAGAGUCUGCCACCUCAUCGUUUUGGUGCUUCUGUGCCUUGUUUGAAUGAUACUGAUGUAACAACUUACAUGAAUAGUCCUGAAGUUAGAAAAGCGCUUCAUAUUCCUGAUCACCUUCCACAUUGGGAUAUUUGCAGGUAUACCUUCGUAGUGUGCAUAAAUAAAAAAAAUACGUAAAAACGACUUCUUGCGAGUUAUACCGUAAAACACUUAUUUUUUACUAUCAGCUUGUAAGUAUAAAAAUUUUUUAUCUAAUAAUUUAGUGACGACAUUACAACAAAGUAUCAAAAACAGUAUGGCGAUGUUGCUCCGUUUAUGAAGACCAUCUUAGACGCGCAUGUCCGUAUUCUACUGUAUUACGGCGAUACUGAUAUGGCUUGCAAUUUUAUGAUGGGUCAACAAUUUAGUGCUCAAUUGGGUCUGAAGCGUUCCGUGGGAAAACAGCCAUGGAAGUUUGACAAUCAAAUUGCUGGCUUUAAGACUUUAUACCAAAACCAGCUUACUUUUCUGACUGUACGUGGAGCUGGACACAUGGCCCCACAAUGGAGAGCGCCGGAAAUGGAUUACGCUAUUAAACAAUUUAUCUUAAAUCAUCCCAUUUAA